AUGGAUGAGGAGGGUAGACUCGUGUUUUGGAAGGGUGGCAUGUGGGAGGGGGGUGCCCCGACCAUCAGUUGUAAUACCUGCAAAAAGCGUCGCUCUGAGAGAAUGGACGUCAACGAACGCCCUCAGGGUGAGCUUAAAAAACUCUCGGAAGAGAGUCUGACAAGACAGCCCGAGGAGGUUUUUGAUAUAAUUUGCAAGUUAGGGGAGGGAUCAUAUGGCAGCGUGUACAAGGCGUUACACAAGGAGAGCGGGCAAGUGCUCGCGAUCAAGCAGGUGCCUGUGGACACCGACCUGCAGGAGAUCAUCAAGGAGAUCUCCAUCAUGCAGCAGUGCGAUAGUCCCUAUGUCGUCAAGUACUACGGCAGCUACUUCAAGAACACCGACUUGUGGAUUGUGAUGGAAUACUGCGGGGCUGGUUCCGUGUCAGACAUAAUGAGGCUUAGGAAGAAAACACUAUCCGAAGACGAGAUAGCGACGAUACUGUGCGAUACACUCAAGGGCCUGGAGUACCUGCACAGGAGGCGGAAGAUACACCGGGACAUCAAGGCGGGAAACAUUUUGCUCAAUACCGAAGGUCACGCAAAGCUGGCGGAUUUUGGUGUGGCCGGACAGUUGACAGACACAAUGGCAAAACGCAACACAGUGAUAGGCACGCCGUUCUGGAUGGCGCCUGAAGUGAUACAAGAGAUAGGUUAUGACUGCGUAGCAGAUAUCUGGUCCCUUGGCAUCACGGCCCUGGAGAUGGCCGAAGGGAAACCACCCUACGGCGACAUACACCCCAUGAGAGCCAUUUUCAUGAUACCCACCAAACCACCACCGUCGUUCAGAGCACCAGACAAGUGGUCGCCCGAGUUCAUAGACUUCGUGAGUCAAUGUCUGGUGAAGAACCCGGCUGAGAGGGCGACAGCGGAAUUCUUGUUAAGACACGAAUUUAUAGGUAACGCGAAACAGCCGAGCAUCUUAAAUACGAUGAUCGCUGAGGCGCGUGAAAUACGCGAAUCGCAGGCCUACCGAGCAGCCACACAGACCAACAAUGCGAAGACUUUUGGUCCCGUGACCGGCGUGUCCCGUCCCCAGAGCGCGGCGAGUGGUGGUGGUGGCGCUGGUGGGGACGAGGACUACAGCUCGGCCACCAUGAAGGCGUGCUCGUCCCGGGAGGCCACGUUGGUGCCGCGCGACGCGUCGCUGGAGCUGGCCGCCGACCUGGGCACCAUGGUCAUCAACGACCAAGACCUGGCCACCAUGAAGCGUCACGACACAGACCCCAUGGAUACAAAUAGGCCUAAAUACAGGCCAUUGUUUUUGGAGCACUUUGAAAAGAAAGAAGUAAAUCCUCACCUCGGUAUGCCCUCAACGAACGGAACUCUGACUGGUCCUCUAAGAUUGCCAGAAGGAGAAAUGUAUGUUGCAUAUUUUAUAUCAAUAAAAAGGAUUUUUAUUAAUAAUGAGGCGUUUGAAAAUAUAGCCUACAUUGUAAGUUGGAUAAAGUUAUAUUUAAAUAUCGAACCAUCAAGUCGAGCGUGGGUAAAGAAGUCUUACUUCAAGAAGGCCGUAGCUCCACUGUUUAACUUUGCGCUGAAGUGGAAGGAGCCUAUCCGCUCGACCGAGGCUAACAGUCCUCCGCUCGGCGCGGCGGGCCCGGCGCGCGCCCCGGACGACGGCAACUUCGAAUUCCUGUCGUUCCUGUCGGAGGGCGAGCUGGAGACGGUCAUGGCGCGGCUGGACGCGGAGAUGGAGGCAGAGAUCGAGCGCCUGUACGCGCGCUACGAGAGCAAGCGGCGCCCGAUCCUCGACGCCAUCACGAUCAAGCGGAAGCGUCAGCAAAACUUCUAGCUGCAACGCUCUAGCCGCAGGUUCAGCGACUUGGAUUCGUAUGACGUCUUUACUAGCCGUAUCUGCUGUGGCGAUAGCCCCAAAGUCUGCCUAAAAUUAAUAGAACAAUCUUCUUAUUUAUUACAUUGCUUAUAAAUAAUUUAGCGCCAUUUACCAAAUAUUCAGUCAGUGGAAAAAUAGUUGCUUUAAUUGUUUCAGAU